AACAAAAAAGCCUGCGACAACAUCCGAGACGGUUUUGGUUCAUCAGAAACAAAAAACAUCAGAAUGGCCGCUUCAUCGAUAGCCUCCUUUGCAUGUUACACAAAUUAUUGCAUGUUUUCCAAGGAUGCAUGAAAAAAAAAAUCAUUCUCUGAAUGUAUUUGAAUACGUGGGGUGUCCGUGAAUAUUAUUGAUAAGUACCAAAUGUGAGGAUAUAAGGAAGAUAGGAGAGAGCAAAAUGAUUGGAAAAGAUAGCGGUGUGAUGAAGGCAUGGGAGGCAACGAUGAGAAAGACGCAUGCAGUUGCGAAGAAGCGUGCUAACAGUAUAUUUGGGACGAUAUCAUUGGCACAGGUUACGGAAGAAGAAGAUAACCAGGAUGAUUAUGACGAGGAAGAUGAGAAUGAGAACGAGGUAUAUGAGGUAUACCUUGAAGAGAAGGUUCUACCUAAUGGGGAUUACUACACGGGGGAAUGGGCAAAUAACUUCCCACAUGGGCUGGGGAAAUACCUGUGGACGGAUGGGUGCAUGUACGUUGGAGAUUGGUACAAAGGGAAGACAAAGGGAAAGGGUAGGUUCAGUUGGCCUUCAGGGGCAACAUAUGAAGGGGAGUUCAAGGGUGGUUACAUGUGUGGGACAGGGACUUACACAGGGUGUAGUGGGGAUACUUAUAAGGGGCACUGGGAACUGAACUUGAAACAUGGUCAUGGUUUUAAGAGUUAUGCGAAUGGGGAUUGGUUUGAUGGAGAGUGGAAGAAGGGUUUGCAAGAUGGGGAGGGGAGGUAUGAGUGGAAAGAUGAGAGCCAUUAUAUGGGGGAAUGGAGGAAUGGGAGUAUUUGUGGUAAAGGGUCAUUUGUUUGGGCUAAUGGGAAUAAGUUUGAAGGGUUUUGGGAAGAUGGCGUGCCAAAGGGGAAUGGGAUUUUCAGGUGGGCAGAUGGAAGUUCUUAUGAGGGGAAUUUCAGCAAGGAUGGGAAGGAUCCGAAUGGGACAUACCAUCCAAGUGAAUCAGAAGAGGGGGAGGGCCAUAGUAAUUGGGAUCCUCAAGAGUUGUAUAGUGAGUUGAGUGGCUAUUUGGUUUGCCCUGGAGAUAAGGUUCAGGUUAUGCCAUCACAGAAGAGGCUUGCGGUUUGGAGGUCCGCAAAGACUGGGGAGAGUGCUAAAAAUAGGAGAAUGUCAGUGGAUGGAAGGGUCAGUAUUGGCUUGGACAGAACAGCUGAUAGGUUGCAAACGUUGGAUGGUGGGGAGAGUGAUGGCAGUGCUAAAACUCCAACCAUGGGGAGUGAUCUCGAGGAAGACUUGACUGCUUUACGUGUAGAAGAUGCUGCUGAAAAUUUGGCUCAACUCCAACCUCUCAAAGCACCCAAGAAGUCAAAGAGGCAGGGAGAGACCAUUUGCAAAGGACACAAAAAUUAUGAGCUCAUGCUCAAUUUGCAGCUCGGACUCAGGCAUUCUAUUGCAAGGCCAGCUCCCACAGCAUCACUUGAUCUGAAGCCUGCAGCUUUUGAUCCUAAGGAGAAAGUGUGGACAAGAUUUCCACCCGAAGGAUCCAAAUAUACUCCACCACAUCCAUCUUGUGACUUUAAGUGGAAGGACUAUUGCCCGGUAGUUUUUAGAACUCUUAGGAAGCUAUUCAUGGUGGAUCCAGCUGAUUACAUGUUAUCCUUAUGCGGAAAUGAUGCCCUUCGCGAACUUUCCUCUCCUGGAAAAAGUGGCAGCUUCUUUUACUUGACCAAUGACGACAAAUACAUGAUUAAGACAAUGAAGAAAGCUGAAGUGAAAGUUCUAUUGAGACUUCUUCCAUCCUAUUACAAUCACUUUCGAGACUACAAAAAUACUCUUUUGACAAAGUAUUAUGGACUGCAUUGUGUGAAGUUAAAUGGACCUAUUCAGAAGAAGGUUCGGUUUAUCAUAAUGGGCAACCUCUUCUGUUCUGAGUUUAUCACCCAUAGACGCUACGAUCUGAAGGGUUCUUCACUUGGACGCACCUCAGAUAAGCCUGAGACAGAAAUUAGUGAAACCACUAUACUUAAGGAUCUUGAUCUUAAUUUCAUAUUUCAACUGGAGAAGUCACAUUUUGAAGAAUUUUGCAGACAAGUUGAUUUGGACUGUGAGAUUCUGGAACAGGAGGGAGUUAUGGACUAUAGUCUUCUGGUGGGCAUUUAUUUCAAAGAUAUUUCGCCAGACGGGGAAAUUAUUCCUAUACAAUCUCGAACUCCUGCUGGUGAUUUAGAAAAUGAAGGAACUCCCGAUACCACAAGUGAAGCCAAAGAUGAACCUCCUUCUGAUCCUUCUAGUGUGAAGUUGGGUGUGAACAUGCCAGCAAAGGUUGAAAGGACGGUGAGAAGAAGUGGUUGUGAAUUACAGCUUAUAGGAGAACCAAUUGGAGAGUUCUAUAAUGUUUCGUUGACUUUUGGAAUCAUAGACAUACUUCAAGACUACGACAUUAGCAAGAAGCUUGAGCAUGCCUACAAAUCCAUUCAAUAUGACCCGACUUCAAUAUCAGCCGUUGAUCCUAUACAAUAUUCAAGGCGUUUUCGUGAUUUCAUACUUAGAGUAUUCACUGAAAACUCUUGA